GACUAGUACUGCGGUCCGACUGUGAAUGAACGUCAUUUCAGCUCUCGAAGUCGUACCAGGUACCGUACGUACCCUACCGUACGUUACGUACCGUAAUCUCCUCGCAAGUACUUUUAAGAAAUGCAGGAUUGAAAAUUUGAAAAUUGCGUCCGCAUGCCGUCAUUUCUUUUGUGCAGUGGCAACUGCAAACAGAUCGAUCGAUCGAUUUGACUGAACAUCGUUGCCAUCGACAGAGACACCGCCAUGUUCUCACGCGGCGMCAGGAACAAAAUCUACGGCAGCAGUGGCCAAGCCACUGCGCGGAGCUCUGCGAACAAGAGCCGGAACGGCACGAGCUCCGGCGGCAAUGGCUGGAUCCUUUCGGUCCUGGCGACCAUGAUCUUGCUUGCCGCGGGCGUAAACGUGUACGUGUCGGUCUCCCAAGAUUUUUCGGCGACGGAUUGGAUUGCGGGGGCCAGCAYCCGCGAUAUGCCCCRCAUCCGCGAAAUGACCAGCACCACGCACAUUUUGUCCACGGCGGAGAACCCGGUGUCCGUGCCGCAAAACACAGCGGCAGCGACGGAGCCUACAGGAUUGGAAAGAAAUGAGCGAACAGCAACAAAAUCACUGGCAACGACGCAUCCCAAAGAAUUGAAAACAAAUUCACCAACAGCGUCAGGAUCAUCGUCAGGAUCAUCGGCAUCGAAGGAACCCGCACCGGAACCCGCACCGGAACCCGCACCGAAACAAACACCAACAACGAAAACCGUAGCACAAACCGUGGACGAAGGACAAGACGAACAACCCGACGAUCGCACUGGCUCCAACAACAGCAUACUCGACGAAAUAAUAGCUAAUUUCACCGAACCCAAAAUCAAGCUCYUCAAGUCCCAGAAGGAAAUGGAUUGGUUCCGUAAACGAGCCAUCYUCUUUCGUGAUGAAAUCAUCGUURCAARGAAGAUCCGCUCUUUCUAUAGCAAGGCAACCGAUGAUCCGCUUUCCCGCUCUGGCGACCCCGAUCACUACUACGCUAUCGAUCAAGGMAACAAUACCGUUGCCGCCAAGCGCAUCUACGACGAAAAUAAAUUGGCAGAGUUCAAUAAAAUGAACAACAUUAGCGGCCGUCCGGAUCCCUCCGAAGGACCCUACCUGGAUUUUAUGGUAGCCGGAAACCCCAAAUGCGGAACAACUACCCUUAUGGCCAAUCUCCGUCGGAUCGCUCCGAUGCCUGUAAAGGACGUUUGUACGGGGGCAACUCACACCCUCCGCUUUGCUUACCUUAAUUGGCCAAACGAUCCCAAUUGCAACGCCCUCGUAACGGAGCACCUGGGUCCGGAUCAAACGCGGUGGAUGAGAGGAAGCAAGUGCCCGCGCCUUCUCAACUCAAACCUUUUGCUGGGACACUCGGCCCUGCUGCCCUCCACAAAGCUUAUCAUCGGAAUCCGGCACCCGGUGCUUUGGUUUUCGAGUUUCUCGAGCAUGCGAGAAGACGCCCAAAGUAAAUUGCWMACCACCUACGACAACAUUGAGCUCUGCAAGUGCCCCGUCAACCCCCUCACGGGGGUCAGGCCUAGGUCUUGCGACUCACACCCGGACGAAAACUGCUUCGGGGAGUGCCGUUGCGGUGCCCUGAUGUGCCUCCACCGGUCCCGUCUCCACCUGACGCUGGCGAGACUCGGCAAGACAGCCUUGUCCAAGGAAGAACUAAAGCUGCUGGCACCGAACGAUAACGACGGUGGGGAAAACCUCUUCAACGCGAAGAUUCRAAAUCCGGUCUUUKUGUACGAUCUGACGCAGAUGCGCAAUGAUACCUACUGGGAGGACCUGGCGGGCUACCUCGGCGUUUCGAACGUACCCAACCAUGAUUAUCGGGGGUCGCAUGGCGUGCGCAACCGCCACAAGAACCUAAUCAGGUCCUCCGCUAAGGACUACAAGAAGGAGAACCUGUUGUGCGACCCGCACCUGGACUUUUUCCGGUCGAAGAUCAUGRCAUACUCCUACGAAUUGGGAAUGUGGAUCCAGAACUACUGGCUUCCGGUGGCGGCCGAUCCCGACCGUCCCGACGUGGUGGUGGCCGGGGGAACAUCGAACACCAGCGCCACCGACGAGUUCUGGGCCAUCGCCGAGACCUACAAGGUCGAUCCCUGCGGGAGGCUGGUCCGGCGGCCCUCRGACGGCCUGUACGUUUUGAGGGGGGACGUGGGGGACGAAACCAACUCGACCGCGGUGGAGUUUCCAACGGGAACCGCCCCUCUCCAUCCCGUCUACGGCCACCUGAACACCACGGCCGUGCCCCAGUGUCGCAGCCACAAAAAGGCCCAACAAAAAAGGACGAAAGACGAGAAAUCCUUCGGAACUACCGGGMUCGCUCCGAGCAGCGCGGCCGGCAGAACCUGACACUCACACGCACCAUGGCACGGUCCGYGACGAAACGGCAAACCAAUCCUCGAGUCACACCCCGGAAUCGGUCACUGGCACCAAAAACCCGAAGCCGGCAGCYUCUGCAACCGGUGAAGUAUGCGUUUGCCCUCUAUUGUCGUACAGAACGAUGUUAGACCACGGAAGGACUGUUUUCCUAGCAAAUUCAAUGUCCCCACAGUGUCCCAAUGGAUAGAAAGAGGAACAUUCCAAGCACGCAUUCAUCCCAAAUGCACACUUUUCUGCGGUACGGUGUGUAGAUCAGCCUUGUCUUUCUUGCCCGGACCUACGGAUAUGAAACAUACUGCCGACAGAUCCGAGGGCAGCUCUUCGUUGCGAACCGUGUUCGUUGUUGUGGGAGAAGGAAAAAACAAAACGCUUUUCCCCAUCUCUACACCAUUGCGCAGAGGACACUAUCGUACGCAAUGGACUAGGUCGACCGCAACAAUAAUAAUGACGACAAMAACGACAACGAGGUACCCCCUGUGCAGUAGCUCCAGUCAAACACAAUACGCAUUGCCUCGCUGGAUCGAGUAGCCCUGCAAUGCACAAGCAAAAUCGCAUGUUCUACAAGACAAGCCACGAGCAAUAUACGUACACUACUAAU